UGUGGACUCAUUGCCAGACAAACCAUUGUUUCGCCAUUUAUUGCACACAAACACCACUUCUGUGUCCAUUCAUUGACUGACAUACCAAUUGUCACCGCAAUUGUCACCACAAUUGUCAUCUAAUUAACCACUCUUUGCAGCACAAUGUCGGCCACCGAACAGAUGAGGGCGAUGUUGGACCAGUUGAUGGGCACCGCCAGAGAGGGAGACGAGUCCAAACAUCGCUAUCACUUCACUGACCACAGAGUGUGCAAAAGCUUUCUCUUGGAUUGUUGUCCGCACGACAUCCUCGCCUCUACGAGAAUGGACCUUGGUGAGUGCAACCGGUACCACGACUUGGCACUGAGGGCUGACUACGAGAAGGCGGCCAAACACAAGGACUACGGCUAUGAUGUAGACGUGAGUAUUGACUGA